UUGUUAAAUUCGCCAAAAUGAGGCUAACGACGGCGAUUGGUUUGGAAAGCUGGUCCUUGUUCAGUUUUGGUGAAACUUCCCAGCUUUGGCAUCUUUGCAACCGACGUAAAGGGGUAAACAUGGCAAGGUUUAGCUAGAAGACCAAGAUUCGACGUGCAAAGCGUUUUCAAUUGAACAACACGCACGCUUUCACAAUUUUAAGACACUUGCACGGUCGGAAAGCGAGCCCGUCAGAGGUUUUUGGAGACGACUCAUAGGUAGAGAACCAGGCCAGCCACAUCCAUCCCCAACUACUCGAGGCUCGACUAUGCUGCUCAACAACACGACGCGAGGUUUCCUGUGGUCGGACGCGGAGACAAGGACGUUGUUGAACAUCUGGGGUGAGCAGGACGUCCAGGAGGCGCUGGACGGUAACUUCCGCAACAGCUUCGUCUACCGCGACGUGUCCCGGCGCCUGGCGGCGAUGGGCUUCGAGCGCACGCCGGAGCAGUGCAGGGUGCGAAUUAAGAGCCUCAAAAGACAAUACUUGCUCGCCAAGGAAGGCAAUCUGCGCAACAACAGGCAAUAUCACAAAAUCGCCAAGUUCUACGACACCAUGGAGAGGAUCUUGAGCAAUCGACCCGCCGUUGACCCCCAUGAGUUCAUAGAUGGUGGGCCGGGAGGGGAGGAGGCCGUGGAUGGCUUGGAUGAGGAUGCGGAGGAUGCUCAGGACGUCUACUCCGAAAGUACUGGAGACUGCCCCUUCCCCGCCGAGACUGAAGUCAAGCUGGAGUAUCCCAGUAUUCCCAUUCCCAUCCCGGUUAAAGUCACAGUGGGCAGUAACAGUAUAUCCGAAAGACCUCCCAACAGCAGCCAAUUGGCAGCCAACUGCUCCGUCUCCACACCCAAGCAGCAGCGACGGCGGCGGCGCGCUAACUUCCCUAUGGAGAGGCUAAUGGAACAGUUCCUAAAGCAGAGCUCGCAGGCUGAAGACAACUUCUAUCGCAUGGAGGAGCGCCGCUUGCACGCCGAGGAUAACCGGCGAGAAGCGGAGCACGCCAGGGAGCUGCACAUGCUCCAAAUGCUCGGUCAGAUGUUCUCCAACAUCUCCUCCGCCAGGCCGGGCUCGGGAGCGGCGCACUCUCCUCACUUGAAAACCGGCGUGCCCACCCAUGCCUCGGUGUUCUCCCAACCAUUGCCGUCGCGCACGCACCGCCAUCCCUCACCCCCAACGGACAGUUUGGCCAAGCAGGCUCAGCUGUUGAAGCCAGACUCUCAGCCAUUAGUGUUUGAGCGCCGCUACAGCCUGGCCCCGACCUCUGACGGGGGCAUGGAGGAGCACGUCCUGUCUCUAGUGAAGAAGAUAGUCCCUCCGUUGUCCAGCCAGAAGCACAAAGGACAAGAUGGCCGAAUCGGUAUCAUCGGCGGAUGCCAAGAAUACACUGGAGCACCCUACUUUGCUGCCAUCUCUGCACUUAAAGUGGGUGCUGACUUGUCUCACGUGUUCUGCACCAAAGACGCUGCAGCUGUAAUCAAAUCCUACAGCCCUGAGCUCAUAGUUCAUCCUGUCCUGGACAGCCCAAACGCGGUGGAGGAGAUCGAAAAAUGGCUCCCGAGACUGCACAGCCUUGUGGUGGGACCUGGUCUGGGCAGAGAGGACUUUUUAUUAAAAACGGCCAAGGAGGUGAUAGAGAAAUCCAAAGCAAGAGAUAUUCCAAUCAUCAUCGAUGCAGACGGUUUAUGGCUGGUCACAAAGCAGCCGUCUGUUAUCCAUGGCUACCAGAAGGGCAUCAUCACGCCCAACUUCAUGGAGUUCACGCGACUGUACGAUACGCUGCAACACAAGGCCGUGGACAGCGUUGAUCACCGUAGUAGCGUCCUGCGGCUAAGCGAAACCAUGGGCAACAUUACCGUUCUACUUAAAGGAGAAAAGGAUCUCAUUGCGGAUGGUAGCACAGUGGUUACGUGCAGUACAGAAGGCAGUGGGAGGCGAUGCGGAGGACAAGGUGAUCUUCUGUCCGGAGCUGCUGGUGUAUUGGCACAUUGGGCCCACACUGCCUCUCAGGCAGGACUGAUCACUGGUGUGAACCCGUCGGUGGUAGCAGCGAUGGGAGCCUCUUCACUCACCAGACAGUGCAACAGACAAGCCUUCCAGCGGCACGGAAGGUCCACCACCACCUCGGACAUGAUCCAUGAGAUUGGCCCAGUCUUCAAAAAAUUAUUUGAAAGAUGAAAACCGACACUGUAUUAAAAAAAAAAGAAAGAUAAAAGCCAUUUGGUUGAUUUUCAUUCUGUGCUCCCAACUACGUACUUGCAUUUUAACGAAUGAAAUGGGUGAGGGUUAGUGAAAAAUAAAAGUUCCUGAAGGCUAAAGAUUUGUGCACUAUACCUCUGUGUAUGUAAACAUAAGCUACCUUUCAACACUUUGUUUUCAAUGUCUUCCCAGGACACCGAUGUGGUGGAUAAAUACAUGACAUUUGUUGUAAUUUAUGUUUUUUUUUUAAUGACAAAAAUAAAAAUACGACUUUAUGCGA